GGUCAACUAUGUGCUACUUGAUCUCUCUAUCCUUUUGAAUCCUAGAUAAAAAAAUUUCUCUGUUUCAAGUCCAAAACAAGCAGAUAGCCCACUGUGUGCUACUUGAUCUCCCUAUCAUUUUGAAUCCUAGAUUUGUUGUUACGUAUCAAAUACAAAAUAAGCAGACGGCCAACUGUGUGCUACUUGAUCUCCCUAUCUUAGCAAGUCUAAAACAAGCCAACUCUGUGCUACUUGAUCUUUCCAUCCUUUUGAAUCCUAGACUUCUGCUAUGUAUCAAGCAGACGGUCAACUGUAUGCUACUUGAUCUCCCUAUCCUUAUGAAUCCUAAAUUUUCUGCUAUUUAUCUUGAUUAAGUAACUAGAAACAGAGAGAUCUAUUCUCUCAAAAUUGUCUGAAACUGUUCCCAACUGUAUGCUACUUGAUCUCCCUAUCCUUAUGAAUCCUAAAUUUUCUGCUAUGUAUCUUGAUUAAGUAAUUAGAAACAGAGAGAUCUAUUCUCUCAAAAUUGUCUGAAACCGUUCCCAACUAGUAAUUAGAAACAGAGAGAUCUAUUCUCUCAAAAUUGUCUGAAAUUGUCUGAAACUGUUCCCAACUAGUAAUUAGAAACAGAGAGAUCUAUUCUCUCAAAAUUGUCUGAAACUGUUCCCAACUGUUUAAUGUUUUCAGUGACAAUUAAUUGUUUAACUGCAAACCGUUUGACCAGAAAUGGCAAUAUCUCACACAGGCUUACUUUGAAAUAAAGUUCUCAUUUGAACAGAAUGAGGUACCCUAAUUAUACCCUACCAGCUUCGAUCUAUACAAACGCUCGACAAAGAAUUAUUGCUUUUGAAAUAAUAAAAACACUGUGAUUAGAUUGCUUAGAUUGUAGGGCAUCUAUAUGCCUGUAUUUGAGAAGAAGCAUCAAUACACCCCACAAGAGAUGUGCUUGGAAGUUCAUGUAAAAGAAUAAAGCAAAUCUUGAAGACUCAUACAAGCAAUUCUUCGGAAUUUUCUCCUUUGUUUCGAGGUGAUUUUGUGCACAAGUUUUGUAUAUUCUGGAAAUUUCGAUAUGAAUCUACAGACAGUUUCCAGAAUUGCUGGAAAAUUUUGAGCGGGAGCAAGGGUUUCAUUUGGCCAGGUUAUGUUUCAAUGAUUUCAUUUUUAUUUUUUCUGUACAUAUUAAGGCCAGUGCCUUGAAUUUGGUAUAAGUCUUUCAAUGAGCUGAGUAAAUAUGGGAGGAAUUGGGUUCUUAAUGACCAGGGUUACGGUUAGGGUAUAUGUUGUUCUGCUUGUUCUGCUUGGCCUGCAUAUUCAUUGCAGUGCUGCUCAAGUAGAAGCUAAAAGCAUAGUUGAAGAUCAUCACAAUUUUGAAUUUGAGAAUGCAACAGAGGGUUUUAUUCAGAAUAAUGAAUCUGAUAAUGUAUCGGAGGGUUUCAUUGAGAAUUCUGAAUCAGAUAAUUUAUCAGAGGAAUUUAUUGGUAAUUUGCCGGGAGUAGGAUUGGAAAGCAAUUUUCAGUUGGGUGGUAUGCUGGGUAGGUUGAAGGAUGUUUUUGAUGUUGUUUGGAGGGUUUUGGUGAGGCUUCCCCAAUUCUUAAUUGAAAUUAGCCCUUUCAUUUUUGGCUUGUGGCAAUUAAUGGAUAAGAUCAGGUAUAGGAAUCCAAAUCUAAUGUUUCCAAGUGCUAAGGAGUUGGAGAUGCAGACGAUCGAAAAGAUUUUCCGCUUAGCAGAUGACCGACAGUCUUUUCAUUUUAUCUUAAACCCCAGAAGAUCAUUAUCAUUUGAUAGCGCCAGAGAACUCAACCGUGGAUGGCGCCACGUAGUAGGUAACCACUGUUCAGGCCUUCCCUUUUAUUCUUUAAUAACAGCUUUUCACAAACGUUAUGGGAUAGUGUCACAGAGCCAUAAUCAGCCAUGGCCUGCACAGAAAGUGCUAAAUUCUAAAGCAAAAAUAGCAGUUGAAGGAGAAACCAGUAAUUCUUCUACAAUCUAUUUGGAUUGUCUUUCAAUUGAGCAGAUUCUUGCAAGGCUUCCUCUGCCCUCUUUGAUGAGGAUGAAAUGUGUAUCCAAGACAUGGAAAAAUAUAAUAUGUGCGUCACCAUCUUUCUGGUCUCUCUACAACUCUUUGAAUUCAAACUAUCUUGUUGUGCAGCACACUACCGAGGGCUCACAUGGUAUUAUCUUCUUCAGCCCUUCUCUAAACCACUGGUUCCGAAUCCCCUUACCCUUACAGUGGAGAAAACAGAACGUCUCCCACUUCAAUCCACCUUCUGUUGUCCAACUCUGUGCAGUGGGUGGUGGACUGUUCCUCUUUGUGGAUUGGGAUUCCGGGGAGAUUUCUAAUCCUGUUGUACUCAACCCUUUAACUAAACAAUACAUGGUUCUGCCGGAUUUUCCCUUUCAUCAGAAUUGGCAGACUGAAUUGGCUUUUGAACUGAUCACUGACCUUAGUUCAAACCACUUUAAAGUUAUUGUAAUUUCAAGCAACAUUGGUGACCCAUCAAAAGUAUGCUCUCUGAUAUACAAUUCCAGUUCGAAUAUGUGGAAAACUGGUAAUGCUAGGGGGGCAAGACCCUGGAGAAGCAUCGGACACCCCUGGUGGAGAACAACUGCACACCCCUGGAGGAGUACCGUACAUGAAGCGGUGGUAUACUGCACAAGUACAUAUGGUGUUCAUGUGGCUUGUUAUAACAUUCACAGUGCUGAAUUUGAAUAUCUAGAGAUUGAAGAACGGCUGCCUCAGCUGGUGGAUUAUCUUGACUCUGAUGAGAACCCUCAUGCUACACUGCCUUCCUUAGUGGUGUGUGGUGAGAAGUUGAUUUUGGUGGGGAGAUUGCAGAGCCCCAGGUCCAUCUUGGGCCGCUUACCUGUGAUAAAGCACAGUUUGGUGGGGCUGUGGGAAUUGGAUUUAAGAUUAAAGUCUAAGAGUUGGUCUCUAAUUUCUGAGUCUCCCCUGGAUUUAUUGGAAGCUGCUGUCAAGUCAUCAGAUGGUACAGAUUUUUUAGUUGCAUCAGAUGGCAGGGAUGGGAUUUGGUUUAUGCUUAGAGGAAGCAAAAACCUGUUGAGGUUUAAUUUGAGUUCCAUGGAGUGGAGUUUGUUGCCUGGGUGCCCAGGUGAAGAUAUAAUGGAUACCAGUACAAGAAGGGCGUUUUCAACACCCUUCAGAAUAUCCCCGCAUUGUUGAAGAAUUCUGCCCCACUGCACCCCAUCAUUGAAGACUUAAAUUUGUAAGUAGAGAGGCUGGUUUUGGUUCCAUGUCUUGAGAUAUAAUGAAUAGUAUCUUGAGGAGAGCGUUUUCUCUAUCCUUCAUAAUAUCUUUCAAUUCUUGAUUGCAAACUGCCUCAUCACAUCUCAUCAUUGGAAACUAUAGUAGAGACGUGUAUCUUGUGCAGAAUGACUUGAUUUGUUAAACCAUUCAUAUUCUACAUAUAUUUUCCAGAUUAAUGCAAUUUUGGCCACGAUUCUUCAUGGUAA